CAUAAAUUUGAGAAAACUCUCCGGCAGGUAGGUAAGUUGGUGAAUAUGGCUUUGGCUUUGAAUAUGGCUUUGGCUUUUCCAACUCCUAUAUAAACUCUUCCUCUUUCCCGGUAACUUGAAAUCACUCACUCCUUUCUUAUUCCUCUUAUAAUAAUUCCCUGAAUCUGGCAAUAAAAGUAAGUAUGCCAUCAGAAUCCGGCAAAGUUGUUUGUGUUACCGGCGCCGGAGGUUUCAUUGCGUCUUGGCUUGUUAAACUCCUUCUACAAAAAGGUUACACUGUUAGAGGAACCGUUAGGAAUCCUGCUGAUCCCAAAAAUAGUCACAUGAGGGAACUUGAAGGUGCAAAGGAAAGAUUGACUCUGUGUAGAGCUGAUCUUCUGGACUGCCAGAGUUUGAGAGAAGCAAUCUAUGGAUGUGAUGGAGUUUUCCACACCGCUUGCCCUGUCACUGAUGAUCCAGAACAAAUGCUGGAGCCAGCAAUAAUUGGGACCAAGAAUGUGAUAAUAGUAGCUGCAGAAGCCAAAGUUCGGAGGGUUGUAUUUACUUCAUCAAUUUGUACGGUGUACAUGAACCCCAACAGGGCUCCUGAUAAAGUUGUGGACGAGACUUGUUGGAGUGAUCUUGAUUUUUGCAAGAAUACCAAGAAUUGGUAUUGCUAUGGGAAAAUGGUGGCGGAAAAAACAGCGUGGAAUGAGGCAAGAAAAAAAGAAGUGAAUUUGAUCGUUAUCAAUCCAGUGUUGGUGCUUGGACCACUGCUCCAAUCAACAGUGAAUGCAAGUGUUCUUCACAUACUAAAGUACCUAACUGGAUCUGCUAAAACAUAUGCCAAUUUAACUCAGGCAUAUGUUCAUGUUAAGGAUGUGGCACUAGCCCACAUAAUUGUCUACGAGACUCCUUCUGCAUCUGGACGCUAUAUCUGUGCUGAGAGCGUACUUCAUCGCGGUGAACUAGUCGAAAUUCUCGCUAAAUUAUUUCCUGAGUAUCCUAUCCCCAUCAAGUGCUCAGAUAACAUGAGGCCAAGGUCAAAACCGUACAAAUUCACGAAUCAAAAGCUAAAGGACUUGGGGUUGGAAUUUACACCUGUGAAACAAUGCUUAUACGAGACAGUGAAGAGUCUGCAGGAGAAGGGUCACCUACCACUUCAGAAAAGUAUUCAGGAUUUUAAGUGGAUAAGUGCAUUAUAAAUUAAUACUUCAAGAGUGGGGUUUACACAUCCACAUUUAAAUAUUUUUAGAAAAAUAUAACAAUACUAUAUAUGAUAUCGAAGGAAAGCAUGAGUUUACAUAAACCUAUUGACCCCACCUAGAUACGCCCCUGCAUUUCCUACUCAAUAAGAUGAAUCUAUUCGAAUAAUCACAAUUACUUAAUUAACCUGCCCUGCUCUUAAUUAAAUAAUGGAAGAAAAAAAAGUUGUUUGUCA